UGUGGCCACAGAAGGCAGCCAUUGGCAGCCAUUUUCUUGGUCUAUCUGUCGCAUAAGAUUUUCAGGAGUUUAGGCUGUUCAUUUGGGGUUUGAGUGGUAAUCCCCAGGGAUCGGGGGGUUUUAUUCCAUCAUCGGUCGAUCACAAACAUUUGACUUCGUGGAAUAACUGACAGAAUGCUGAGAAAGAAAGACUAAAAAGAUGGGAUGCAUUGUGGGCCGAGGCAUCGGUUCAGACGAUACGGGUCACCCUGGAUCAGGAUUCAUGGCGGCUAUCAGAAAGAAACUAGUAAUCGUGGGCGAUGGUGCCUGUGGUAAAACCUGCCUGCUCAUAGUAUUCAGCAAAGAUCAGUUUCCCGAGGUUUAUGUUCCCACUGUAUUUGAAAAUUAUGUGGCUGACAUUGAAGUGGACAGCAAACAGGUUGAGUUGGCCCUCUGGGAUACAGCAGGACAAGAAGACUACGACAGGCUGCGUCCACUAUCUUAUCCGGACACCGACGUAAUUCUCAUGUGUUUUUCGAUUGACAGUCCGGAUUCAUUAGAGAACAUUCCCGAGAAAUGGACACCCGAGGUGAAGCACUUCUGUCCAAAUGUACCAAUUAUUCUCGUUGGAAACAAAAAGGAUUUGCGCAAUGACCCAGGCACUAUCAAGGAGCUUGGUAAAAUGAAGCAAGAGCCAGUAAAGCCAGAAGAGGGUAGAGCCAUGGCUGAAAAAAUUAAUGCCUUUGCUUACCUCGAGUGCUCUGCCAAGAGCAAGGAGGGUGUACGAGAAGUAUUCGAAACAGCGACCAGAGCAGCACUCCAGGUAAAAAAGAAGAAAAAGGGCAGAUGUAGGUUGCUCUGAGUCUAUUAUGCGGAAUGGGCCCGACGCCGACCGGGUGAAUAAACAAACGUAAAAUCAUGGAAUUGCGGUACUAGCUAUUCAAAAAAAAAUGAAGAGAAUAAUAAUAAUAAUAAUGAAAAUAAUCUACGGAAAGCUAGUCGUAAUGCCGGAGGCCCCCGAAGCAUAAGAAAAGCAAGAAAACCUAUAACAUACUUGAUAUCUUAUCUUUAAUUACUUUACAUAAAUGAAAAAAAAACGAUCAACAACUAGAAACAUGUAAAACGCGUCCAAUAACGGAUAUUGAAAAAAAAUGAAGAGCAAAUAAAUCCGACAACUGAAUUUCAUACAGAAGAUUAAGUGCACCAGCCAAUACAGUGAUCCGUGCAUCCUUCGUAAAUUAAAAUAUAUAUACGUAUUUAUGUAUUCCAAAAUAAAUACAUAUAUAUAUUCGGAUCCAUCAGCGCGUGUAUGUUACAAUUGUAUGAGUGUUUGAAUUGCUUGUCUGUGUGAAGUUUAAAUACACAUCUGCCUGAUACUUUAAACAGAAAACAACAAAAAAAAAACGCCUGUGUGCAUUGUAGCAAUUUUUUUUGCAAAGACUAUAAUAAUUGUAUCUUUUUAAUAACGAUGGCGAUUAAAUGCUUCAUCCUCGAAAAAUAUAACAGUGAAAAGAAGGAUAAACCAAAAAAUAAUGGAAUUUAUUUUCAAUGUUAAACCAUUUCUGAUUUCCAAUUCGAGUUUCGAUUCGAGAUCCUCUCGAUUAUCAUGUUAUUUUUGGAUAUUUUUGGAUAAUCGAGGGUUCAGUGUGGGACACCUCCAGUCUGGCUCUCAGUCUUUCACUCAAUUCUUUAUUUACGUUUUAUUUCUUUUUCAAUCGCACGAACUGUCAAUUAUUCUUCCGAGUCUGACGACCAUUUCAUUCAGCACUUUUUUUUUUACUUGACAAAGUGUUAUUUAUCUUUCUCCAAUUAUUUACGAGAAUUAUUUACGACGUGAAAGCAAUGCAGUAAAUUAAUUAUUAAAAACUGAUGAUGAGAAAAUUUAUCAACGUGAGAUGACUAUCUGGAUCGUUCUGUCGAUCUUCAAGAUACCAAGUAGGCUAAAUGUAUUAUUAUUAUCUCAUUAUUAUUAUUAUUAUGAUUCAACUAUUGAUAUGUUAUAUUAUAUUAUUGUAAUACGACGACACUAACAUUAAUGAAUUGUAAUAGCGGUUAUAUUCUAUUUAUGUACUCCGAUAAAAUGAAAGAAAAACCGAGCAAUAUGCCUCCCAUUUAUAUUAUGAUUUUUCGAAUACCGCGUGAGGUAGAUUGGUUUAGUUAAUUCUUAUGUUUUUAAUCGCACAUGAUUUUAUAAGAGCCAGAGCGUGUCUGACAAUUGAUGAUAUUUCCCCUUGGGCUCAUUACGCCAGCUAAAGUAAUUGUUCUACUUUCACAUGUAAAUAGGGACAAUUGACAGGCAAAUUGACAGUUUUCUUCGUAUCUAUGACAAGUAAAUUCUUUUUUUUUAACACUUAUAUGAUCAUCGCGAAAUGCAAUUUGUUCAGAAUUUUGUGAUAUCUUUGUAUAAUGUUCAUAAGCCGCUCUACCAGAAUGUCGCGACAUAUUUACCCUUUUCAUUUUUUUUUUUCGAGACUAGGAGAUAAGUAGUCUUUCAAUUGGGUGAUUGUUGGAUGCCGUUUCAACACUUGGAUUUUUCGUGGAUGUGGGGGAGAUCAUGCUGAGCUGGAGCAGGACGGAAUUGAUGGAGGAACUUUGUCGUCCCACGAUCACCUUUUUUUCUAUUUGAAUAAUGAAAGUGUAAACAGCUUUUCACUUACUUGCGUGUGGAAUGCGUUCAAUCUCAGUUAAGAUGUUUUAUUUUACGUAGGAUCUUGUCGAGUGGAUGCAAGAGACAAGAGAAUUUAUGUAUUUCUUUGGAAUUAUAGGUUUAUUAUAAAAAUCAUUGAAUAAGCAGAAA